AUGUCAGCGGAGUCCCCGCGGCACGCGCGCUCGGGUGGGCCUCUCACGGUUCCCGCCCAGCCGCCCAGCGAUCGCAGCAUCAUUGACGCGGUGUCAGGCUUCAUCAAUGACGUCACACUAUCUUCUUCAUCCACUGUUGAUCCAAAGGACGUUAUACAGUGGGCUAGGUUUGAAACAGCAGAUAUAAAUGAACCUACACAAGAAGGGGAUGGUGAUAAUGAUGUUCCACCGUUGCUGCUCAUUCUGGGCUAUGGGUCGGGGGUUCAAGUGUGGCUGAUACCCUCCACUGGGGAGGCUCAAGAGGUACUGUCGUGGAGACAAGGCACUGUGAGGGUGCUCCGUAUACUGCCAACUCCGCAGCACGGCGACUGCUUUGCAUCGAAGAGGCCCCUCAUAGCUUUGUGUGACUCGGCCAGUCCCGGACCAGCAUUUUGCUCGUUGAUCUUUUUAUCCAUUAGGGGUGGGGAGCAGGUGAAGAGUAUUAAGUUCAAGAAUCCUAUACUGGAUGUUUUGGCCAAUAAGCGUUCAGUUGUUGUGUCAUUUUCUGAACGUUUUGCUGUUUUUGAUGCUGCCACUUUAGAAGACAGGCUGGCUGUCACCACAUGCUACCCCUGCCCUUGCCCAUUGGGAGGGAGCGCCCCUAUUAACCCACUAACUCUUGGAGACAGAUGGCUGGCAUAUGCUGAGAAGAAACUCAACCCAUCGAAACGAAGCAGCGGAGGUUGUGAAACUGAAGGAGUGACGAGUUACACGGCGACUGUACUCCACGCGGCUAAAUCUCUCAGUAAGGGUUUGCGUGGUCUUGGCGAGACGGUGGCACAUAGCUUGGCUGGUGGACGCAGUACUUCACAGUCACCGUCACCACCGCACGCUGAUAUACAGCAGCCUGGGGUCGUCACUAUAUUGGAUAUAGAGGGUAACGAAGACGAAGACAGUCAAGACUGCGAGGAGCCUUGUGAUCCUAUAGUGGCUCACUUCAUAGCUCACUCGGAGGCUAUUAUAGCGUUAAAGUUUGACCCCAGUGGCAUGUUACUAGUGACAGCCGACCGAAGAGGUCACGACUUCCAUGUGUUCCGUAUAAACCCUCACCCUUGUGGACCCAGCCUGGCUUCUGUGCAUCACUUGUAUAUACUACACAGAGGCGAUACUACGUCCAAAGUGCAGGAUAUAUGUAUAUCGGGUGACUCUCGAUGGGCGGCUAUAUCGACUCUUCGUGGCACGACGCAUGUAUUCGCUAUCAGUCCCUACGGCGGGGCGAUCGGAGUCCGCACUCACACCCAGCCUCGACUAGUGAACAGAUUGAGUCGGUUCCAUCGCUCGGCAGGCCUGCCAAUACAUCAUACGUCACACGUACAACCCGCCGCUCACAGCCCGGUUCUAGAGUCCGGGGCGUGGUUUCCCAACCCGCGUCUGCCGCCGUACCCGCAGCCCGCGACUUGUUCACCCCUGGCGCAGCUAAGACCCACACACCUGCCUACCACUACCAUUACAAGGAAUAGUUCGGGUCGUCAGCGUCUAUCAUCAUUAUCCGAGGAGGGCGGCGCGGCUCCUUUGCUCGCGCGUGCGUGCUUCGGUGUGAGCGGCGCCACUGGCAGGGCUGCCUCUGUGCCGCUAUACCUUGCAGCAGCUAAUGGGGCACUGCUGCAUCUGGCUCUACAUCCAAAACCGGCCCGCAGUGUUCCCAAGGAGAAGAUAUGUGAUGAAUCUCCCAUCGAGUUAGAGGUCGAGGCUGUGUCACAGUGGCCUCUACAGCGACCCGCCGCAGCCUCCGACCUGCUCGCCCCACUACCGCCUUCCAACCCCCUCUUACAACCUAUGAGUUGUAGGCGUUGCGCGGACAUAUGUAUGAGUGAAGAGGAGCGCUGGCUGUCUCAAGUUGAGAUCGUGACGCACGCCGGCCCGCAUCGGAGACUGUGGAUGGGGCCGCAGUUCGUGUUCAAGACAUACAACUGUACCGGGUCUACGUCAUCACUAUCCGAGGCGGAGGCUGUGGAGGUGGACGCCAGCGCAGCCCCGGCUCGCUCAAACCCGGUCAACAUGCCCGGCGCGAGGCCGGCUGUACCCGUACUUAUAGACUCCGGAUCAGCCAGUUCUCUGGAACAUUCUCCGUCGGAUAGCUUCCGUCGCAAGUCGCUCCUGGAGCCGGGGCGAGUGUGUGACGUACAGCUGAGAGAGGACCUCGCUGAGGCUAUGAAGGAGGAUCACGGGCUGCCGCGGGUGGAGCGCGCCUGCAGCGUGGAGCGCGGGGCGGCGGUCGUGGCGCGGGACGUGGGGCCGACCGGGGCCGUGGCCGCUCACCGCGAGGAGCCGCGCGCGCCAGCCCUGGACGCGGACGCGCACACCACCUGCAAUACUGACGAGGCGGCAUUUCGGCCUGUAGUGCGCGCGCCGGCCACCCUAAGCCCGCUGACACCGGCCCUAUCAGCCCGGGAGCUCCCUUGUUGUACAACCAUCCCAGCACAGCCCGCGCCGCCGCGGCGAGCCUCACCUGAUGACAACCCGCUACCACUCACCACGGACGUCGUCAUACCGGCCGAACUGACCGACGGCCGCCUCGAGUACACUCACCUGCCCACCACGGACCACAUUACUGACACGAUCGGCGGGUUCGAUUCGUUCGCAGAUUUAGAUGUUAAGGAUACAUAUGUACAUAGAGAUCUCGAUUACAGUGAGCGAAUGGAGAGUGAGAGAAUGAAUGAUAGAGCCCCGGCACCGGACAAGAGAGAUGAGGUGCCGAGUUCACUGCCAAAACAUAAACGGCCAUCGGAUGAUAUUCAACCGACGGCUCGGAAUAGAGUUAAGAAAUCUCCCACCACGAAAACGCAUAGUGAUAGAGCAGCUAGUGGUAUUAGUGAUAUAGAUAAAUUAUGUAUGGAUGAUAAAGAUUUUAUGAAUAUACAAAAUGAUGAUAUGCCUUCUAAAGUGAAAGCAGCGGAGAAAGAAAAGCAAGUCCUUAAAGAAAUUAAACCUCAGAAAGGAACUAAAAUGUCCAAAGGAAUUGAAAAGCAAAAUGAACAGGGUAUUUCAAAAAAUGAUAAAGAUAUAACUCAGGUGCCAGAACCAAAUGUGAGAGAGACUGCUACGAAGUAUGAAAAACAUUCAGAAGCGAUUAAAACAGAAGAUCAAGCUUGGGAUAUGCUUUUAAAUGACUCACAACAAACUACUAAGAAAGACGUAAAUAUUGUUACCGCAAAUAAAGUUGACAUAAAAGAUGACGUGAAAGCGAAAACAAAGAAAAAUCGGAAAUCUAAGAAAUCGAUUGAGGAUCAACAAGCCAAGGAUGACAAAGACAGCUUUAUAGAAAUACAUAAUAUAGAGGAGAAACAAACUACCAGCGGCGAUCUAGUGUCUAUAUCAAUGCCUUUUGAGGACAUUGACUCUUCUUACUUGCCAAAAUCUAAGAGACGUUCGAAGAGCCGCACACCCGAGAGAAAAGAUGUCGCCGAAAAUAAAAAAGAAAACAUCAAUGAACAAGAUUUUGAUACUCCAAACAUUAAUAUUAGCAAGAAAAAUAAUAAAAUGAAUGAAAACCUAACAACAGAACCUAAAACACAACCGAUUUCUUUGUCUACUACAAAAGAUAUUGAUAGUAAACAGAAAGAAUUAUUAAAUGUUGAUGCUAAAACUGGUAACGAAUCUAAGUCUGGAAAAACACUAUCGACCAAAGAAUCACCAAAAUUAACAAAGGGAAAAUCACCCUCACCAAAAGUUGAUAGAAAAGAGGAAAACAAAACUGACGAUAAAGAAGUUUAUGUCAUCGAAACAACUGAAGAUGACUUCCCCGAAAUACAAAUAACGAAGGGGAAUAAAUCGAAUAAGAAAUCGUUUCAACUCUGUGACAAGAAGAAAGAAGAAGCAGCGAAACCGGUUAAAUCUUGGAGUUCCGUAGCCGCUUCUAAAAAUAAAAAGGUCGACGAUGUCAAAGUUGUUCCAGAAAAUAUUGAAGAACAGGAAACGGAAGACGUGGAAAUGAAAUCACCAGUAUCGCUUCAGGAAAAGUUAUUUGAAUUGUGCAAAAGAAGGGACAUAAUGGUAGCUGAAUGCGAUGCUCCAUCUGAACUCAAUUUCGUCGAGGAACAUCAUGCUGUGAUAGACCUACCUCCUCUAGAGCAAUUGGACUUCGGUCUAGAUAACUUUUCACUGGAGGUCAUGCGGGACAGUCUUCUAGAAGUCAACGAGCCGAAGGUCUCAAGCCCUAUUUGCAAAAUCAACAUCGACGAAAUCCUGUCUUCCAUUAAGGAAACAACGUCGAAAGCUAUCGAAACCAGCACCUUCAAUCUAAUUGAUGUCGAAAAAGUGCCUGCGAGGAAAGAAAGGGGAUUCAAUAUAGUCGAAAGCGAUAAAAUAACGUCCCAAGAAGUCAAAUUGGAGGAUGAGGUCAAAUUCGAGAAGGACGAAUUUGAAAAAUCAUCUGACGAAGAGAUGGCAUCACCAGUUCUGUCGACCGACAGCGAUAAAGAAGAGAAAAAAUCAAGCGAAAACAGUAACGCUACUCCGACAGCCAAGCAAUCUAAGUCUAAAAAGUCACGUAGGAAGAAGAAAUUAUAG